CACCCUUUUUCGAAUUACGAGAUCGUCCACUAGCUAUCCCAUUUUGCUCUUCCCAAGUUUCUAAAGACCGUGAGUAUGAUAGUUCAGUACUUAGAUAUUUGAUCUGACUGCUCAAGUGUCUGCGAUCACCUUAAUCAGUUCUGAAGAGGGAGGUAAAAAAUGUCCAAACGCUCACGCAUCACGACCAUUCUCCCAUGCACCGACCUAGCCUCCGCGAUUCAGUUCUUCGUCCGGCUUGGUUUCACCGCUCCGUCCCAGGAUGAAGUGCACAAGUGGGACCGAUAUCUCAUGCUCUCUCACCCUAACGGUUCCGAUAUUCAUUUGAGGGAGCUUGGACCAGACGAAGAAGGGUGGUUAGAGCCAUUCAAGAAUCCCUUCGGAAUUUACGUCUAUUCUGAAGAUAUAAAAGCACUGGCUGUGGAGUUCGCCGAUGAAAUCAUUGAGCCAGUGAAGAAGCCCGAGAUAAAGGAAUGGGGAAUGUUCGAGUUCAGUUUGAAUGGACCGGAUGGGUGUUUAGUCCGAGUUGGAUGGUCAGCAGGGGCCAUAUAAAUAGGCAAGAAAGCUAGUCGCUUAACCCUUUGUCAUAGUAUGUCUGUAUGCGUUGUUACAAAAAAAUCAGUUCUUGUUAUCAGGAUUCUUAUAGAUUCUUAAGCUUAUCGACGUGUUCGACUUACUAGAGCUAAUACGAACGUAUUAUGCUAAAAACCACUGGGCACAUAAUCUACUACAUAUAGCCGUUUCCUAGACUCAUUAUUCGCACUUGGUAGUGGUGAAAUAAUCUAAGCAUGGAACUGGUUCAGACAUUAGCU